AUGGAUUUGGCACGAUGGGCCCUGAGUGGAAUAGGCGGGGCUGAUGGCGAGGAACAACAGCAAGAGCAGCAAGAUCAGCAGGAGAACCAGCAAGCGAGCGCAACACCGGAGUCCGGCGAUGCACAAGUGGAGAAGCUAGUGGAGGAGUACAAAAAACAAGAAGAGGCGAUUUGGGCACUUGCAAACAAGGGUAACACUAAUGAGUUGAAAGUAGAUAUCCUAAAAGUUCACGGGCUCAUUCGCGAGAUGAACCCUAAUCCACGCUCACUGUCGACAAGCCAGGUUGCCACGAACAACAGCACAGACAUCCAACCUCCUAGCAAGAGAGCGAAGAAAGGACCACACCAAGAGUGGUCCAUUGAAGUCCUUCCGGAACUGAAGGAGGAGGUUGAGGCCAUGGAAGAAGCAUGGAACAACAUUUUGGAGGGGGGCGUUUCUGGUCGUGAAGCAGAGAGAAGACCGUCACCGCGAAACAAAAGUGCUCCACAGAAUUAUUAUCAACCAGUUUUGGUUGAUUCCCAACCAGAUUCUCAAGAGUCUAACGCGUCUGCCGCUUGCGAUUUGUUCAAUGCUGAGACGACCGCAAAAGAGGCCUUGGACAUUCUCAGAGACAACCGCAAUGAUGGUAUCGACAAAUUUGAAUUGAACUACACACAAUGGGUGGUGAACCGUAUUCUCGGUGCAGCUCUUCCUGCCAUCCAAGCCAUUGCCAAGAAGAACAAGAAGUGGCUAUCUAAGUUCCCGAUCCUUCAGGAUAAGAUGGACAUUAGACUCUACGCAGAAACAACAGACAAAAGGAGCCAAAUGAACCGCUACGGCAACCUCGUAUCUUUCGAGCACAAGAGCAAUAUUUCCGAUGCGACGAAGCGUGAGGAUGCGAUAUUGGAAUUGAAGAGGGAUUUUAUCAAGAAGCUGAAUUCGGUUGAUAUCCUCUCGCCGGCAGUGGGUCCCAUGAUGUGGACGUUGUGA